AUGACGGUGCGGAAAGGAAAAACUUUAGCCGUCACCAUCCAGGAGCACAUGGCCAUCGACGUCUGCCCGGGACCGAUCCGGCCCAUCCGGCAAAUCUCCGCCUACUUCCCCCGUCUCUCGCCAACUUCCCCGGGCCGCACGGGAGACGUGAGCGGCGGCGGGCUGCUGUCGCCUUUGUUGGCGGCGGGAGGCGGCGGUGGCUUGCUGUCCGCCAUGAGCAGCGUCGACACCUCCAUCGAGGUGGACAGCUGCGACAGCGACGAUAACACAUCUUUGGGCACGUUGGAGUUUGACCUGCUGUAUGAUCGAGCCACCAGCUCCUUGCACUGCACUGUCCUGAAAGCAAAGGGUCUGAAACCGAUGGAUUUCAACGGGCUGGCCGAUCCCUACGUCAAGCUGCACCUUUUGCCGGGAGCCUGCAAGGCCAACAAACUGAAAACCAAGACUGUCCGUAACACUUUGAACCCGGUGUGGAACGAGACGCUGACGUACUGCGGCAUCACCGAGGAGGACAUGUAUCGCAAAACGCUGCGGGUGUCCGUCUGCGACGAAGACAAGCUGACUCACAACGAGUUCAUCGGGGAGUCGCGGGUGGCUCUGCGCCGCGUGAAGCCCGACCAGACCAAACACUUCAACAUCUGUCUGGAGCACCCACCUCCUCUGCCCUCGCCCACGGCCAUGAGCACAGCACUCAGAGGCAUCUCCUGCUACCUGAGAGAGACGGAGCAGCAGAGAAGUCUGGAGGAGCGAGGCCGUUUGCUGCUGUGCCUGCAGUACGUCCCCCCUGCCGACGACGGCGAGGGGGCCGGCGAGAGGGCCCGCGGUGGGCUGUGCGUGGGCGUCAAGCGCUGCGCCCACCUGGCCGCCAUGGACGUCAACGGCUUCUCCGACCCCUACGUUAAAACGUACCUCAAGCCAGACGUUCAGAAGAAGUCCAAGCACAAAACGGCGGUGAUAAAAAAGACUCUCAACCCGGAGUUUAAUGAGGAGUUCUUCUACGAAAUCUCCUUCUCGGAACUCGCCGCCAAGACGUUAGAGGUCACCGUGUGGGACUACGACCUUGGCAAGUCAAAUGACUUCAUUGGUGGCGUGUCCUUAGGCUGCCACUCGCAGGGGGACACCCUGCAGCACUGGAUAGACUGUCUGAAGAACAAGGGCAAGAAGGUGGAGCGCUGGCACACGCUGACCAACGAGCUGCCCGGCUCCACUUCGCAGGAAUGA